GUCAAAUGAUGUAAAAUUCACCUCGCUCACUUUUGACACUUGUUUAUUUUCCUCAGAGAAAAAAAAUACGGGGGAUUUUUUAAGGAUAUUUGGGCAUUUCAGGGAUCAUCUGAGGUCUUCAGACAUUUCCGUCUGUGUAAGGAAACACCAAGGAAAUAUUCAGCGGAUACUGUCUGAACUAGAUGUUUGAAAGAUACUGAGCAGGAUGCUCCUCGCCGGGCCGAGUCAGUCUUCGUCGUACUCUUACGCUUCACCGCGUCUGAGUAAUAUUUCCUCCUCCAGAACUAGUCUCAGCAGCAAGUCCACGUCAAAUGAGAGUAUUCCCAUUUCAUCCGCCUCCAGUCGCUACAGUCUGAUGAAGUCCUUCACGGUGCAUCUGAACCGUGGCACAGAAUUGCUCAGGCAAACUGUCCAGCGUGCCAUUCUCUCCAAAGCACCUACCCCGAAUAAUGAGCUCAGGACUGUUGCUCCCACAAAGUAUCACAUUGUUCCGGAUCUACGCAGAGUCAGCACGGACAGCUUGGAAGCUGAACUCUGCCAUUUCAGACCCAUCAGACCAUAUCCUGUCACACCCCAAGCCAAUUGGCUAUUCCGGAAGCUGCCAAAGACACCGCAGGCAAUAAAAUGUCCACAAAGGGGCCGGGAAAGAACAUUCCCAGCCAUUCAUGUGGGAAAGAGGCAGGUGAUACCGUCAAAGUCUGGCUCGGCAUUCUGUGCUCUCUGCCCAAAGACUGUGGAGGCUUUCAAGACGCCCUCUUGGGGUACAAAAGCCACCAUCAGUAGCAAGAGAAAGCGGAAUUUUCCGGUAGAGGAGAAGAAUGAAGAUGUAGUGGGGCCCAAAGUGGCCAGAGUGACAAGGAGUACAAGCAAAAAGAAUCCUCAGGAAGAGGAAAAGUUAGUUGAGAUUAGGACACGAAGGGCACGUGUCAAUGGAAAAAUAGCCACUGUGCAAAAAGUGGACAUUGAUGAGCAGGAGAGGAGAGACUUUGAGCUGGCUAAGAAGCUCCAGUGUGAGCUAAAUAGAACAGCACGUUCCAGGAAUUCCACAGCUUCCGCCUCGAGUGGCUAUUCGUUGCGCAGUAAGCGAAAAUCCGUGGAAAGGAAUACCGAUCCACCUGUCAGACGCACCACAAGGCGAGUCAAGAAGACCAACUGAAGAACAAUUCCCGAUUCCUGCCCCAAAAUGAACUGCAGCUUGGGAGGCCAAGAUUUCACCUCAAGCGGGAUGAUACGAGGAAGAGUUCAAUGAAUUAUUUUUUUUUUAAGUUUAUACCUCCAUUAGGUCUCUCAAUUUUAUUUGUGAUACUUUAAUUUCUUUUUAAACUCAAUCAAGGAGCCGGAUAUGAAAUUAUUGGACGCUCAAUUGUACUAUUCCAAUAAAAAAAGGGAAAUUAUUUCUCCUGAACAUUUUUUUAGUACGUGACUGUUCUCAAGUGCUUCUGCUUUAUCGACUUUUCUUUGUAUUGGUUCGUGUCAUGGCUGUUUUCCUCAGUCUUUGUCGUGUUUACAAAAAUAAGUCGAUAAUGCAGUUGACUUGAGAACAGUUAAGUACUAAAUAAAUACAUUCAAAAGUUUUCGGCUUUUCAUGAAAAGAUGAAAACGAGAAAUAUCGCUCCUAAACAUGUAUUUAGUAAUCGACUGUUUAUUUUGAAAUCAACAGAAAAGUCGAUAAUGCAGAAGCAAUUGGGAACAGUCAUGUACUAAAGAAAAAUGUUCAAAAGAAAGAUUUCCAUUUUUCAUUGGAAUAGCACCAUAAAGAAUUAUUGGAAGAAGACCCGACGAGAAAGAAGUAAUUUGACAAAAUAAUAUUCCGGUAAAUCGCAAUGCCCGGAAGGAGUAAAUUCAUGAAAUAAUCCAAUAUUGUACAUAAAGAAAAUUUCUGAUUUAAUAGAGAUUGAGUAAAAUAGAA